AUGGGGGUCCUGCCCCUCCCCCUCCUGCUGCUGGCCGCGGGGACUCAGGCGUCGGGGCUGCAGCUCGGGGGGCACCUCGACCUGGGCAGGUGCCGCUUCGCCCUGGGCAUGGAGGACGGCUCCAUCCCCGACAGCCGCCUCUCGGCCUCCAGCGCCUGGUCCGACUCCACCGCCGCCCGCCACGGCCGGCUGGGUCGCAGCGAUGGGGACGGCGCCUGGUGUCCCGCGGGUCCCGUCUUUCCGGAGGAGGAGGAGUUCCUGGAGGUGGACCUGGGUCGGCUGCACGUGGUGACACUGGUGGGGACACAGGGACGUCACGCCGGUGGCCACGGCAGGGAGUUCGCACAUGCCUACCGGCUGCGCUACAGCCGUGACCGGCACCGCUGGCUGCGCUGGCGCGACCGAUGGGGCACUGAGGUGAUCGGGGGUAACGAGGACCCCGAGGGGGUGGUGCUGAAGGACCUGGCGCCCCCCCCUGUGGCACGGGCGCUGCGUGUCUACCCCCGGGCCCCCCGCGCCAUGAGCGUCUGCCUGCGCCUGGAGCUCUACGGCUGCCCGUGGGACGCUGGGCUCCUGUCCUACACGGCGCCGCGGGGACAGGUGAUGGCACUCGACCCGGCACCCGUCGUCCUCAACGACUCCACCUACGAUGGAUACAGCGUUGGCCCGCUGCAGUUUGGGGGGCUGGGCCAGCUGGCGGACGGGGUGCUGGGGCUGGAUGACUUCAUACGGAGCCGCGAGCGGCGUCUUUGGCCGGGCUACGACUACGUGGGAUGGCGCCGGCCCCCCGGCCCCCGACCCCACGUGGAGCUGGAGUUUGAGUUCGAGGGUCUCCGGGCCUUCCGUGCCAUGCAGGUUCACUGCAACAACAUGCACACGCGGGGGGUGAGCAUCUUCGGGGAGGUGGAGUGCCGCUUCAAGAGGAGCCUGGCCACGGCCUGGGAGCCCACCCCGGCCACCCACAGCCUGGGUGGGACCGUCAAGGACCCCAGCGCCCGCUCGGUCACCGUACCCCUGGGUGGGCGCCAGGCCCGCUUCAUCCAGUGCCACUUCUUCUUCACCGGGGAGUGGAUGCUCUUCAGCGAGAUCACCUUCCUCUCGGACGUGGUGGAGGAGGCGGUGGGUGCCAGUGGGUGGCCCCCAGCCGCCCCCCCUGACCCCUCGGCAGGGGUCAUGGCCGUCCCUGAGGACCCCUGGCACGGGGACGUGGCUACCAACCUCACUACCCUGGCACCUGGGGACCCCAAGCCAGGGCAGCCGGUCGCCAAAGCCGACCACAGCCACACGUCCAUCCUGAUUGGCUGCCUGGUGGCCAUCAUCUUGCUCCUAUUGGGUGUCAUCUUCCUCAUCCUCUGGCGGCAGUACUGGAAGAAGAUACUGGGGAAGGCCCAGCGCCGGCCCUCGGAGGACGAGCUGCGGGUGCAGCUCUCGGUGCCGGGUGACACCAUCGUCAUCAACAACGCGACGGGGGCGGCGCGGGGACCCCCCCGCUACGAGCGCAUCCCCCCCGGCCAGGGCGAGUACCAGGAGCCGACGCGGUCGCGGCCAUCGCUGCCCCCGGUCCCCCCUGGACCCGCACCCCUUGCCAACCCGGCCUAUCGGCUCCUGCUGGCCACCUACGCCCAGCCAAUGGGAGGGCUCGCUCGAGCCCCACCUGAUGGGGCUAAGCCAAUCAAUACAGACGGUGCGGAAGAGCCCGAGGGGGGGGCGGGGGCCUAUGCGGAAGCUGACGUCACUGGAGGCUCCGCCUACGCCGUGGCUGGCCCCGCCCCCGGCCCCGCCCCAAGCCCCGCCCUCCCCGCCUUCCCCCGCCGGCGCCUCCGCUUCCGCGAGAAGCUGGGGGAGGGGCAGUUUGGAGAGGUGCUGCUGUGCGAGGUGGAGGACCCCCAGGCUCUGCCCCCCCUCUCCCGCCCCCCCGACCUCCCCCGAGGGCGCCCCCUGCUGGUCGCCGUCAAGGUCCUGCGCCCCGACGCCACCAAGAACGCCAGGCGGGACUUCCUGCAGGAGGCGCGGACCCUGGGGCGCCUGCGGGACCCCAACAUCGUGCGGCUGCUGGGGGUGUGCGCGGGGGCCGGCCCCCUCUGCAUCAUCACCGAGUACAUGGAGCACGGCGACCUCCACCAGUUCCUGGGGGGGCCCCGCGGCCCCGCCCUCAGCCUGGCCACCCUGCUGCACGUGGGGGCCCAGAUCGCCUCGGGGAUGCGGUUCCUGGCCGGCUUGAACUUCGUCCACCGCGACCUGGCCACCCGCAACUGCCUGGUGGGCGAGGGCUUCACCGUCAAGGUGGCCGAUUUCGGCAUGAGCCGGCACCUCUACGCCGCCGAUUAUUACCGGGUACGGGGCCGGGCCCUGCUGCCCAUCCGGUGGAUGGCCUGGGAGUGCAUCCUCAUGGGGACCUUCACGCCGGCCAGCGACGCCUGGGCCUUUGGGGUGACGCUGUGGGAGGUGCUGACGCGGUGCCGCGAGCAGCCCUACGGGCGCCUGAGCGAUGAGCAGGUCAUCGCCAACGCCGGGCACCACUUCCGCGCCCAGGGCCGCCAGGAGUACCUGCCCCGCCCUCCGGGCUGCCCUCCGGCGCUGCACGGGGUGAUGCUGCGCUGCUGGUCCCGCGACGCCGCCGACCGCCCGUCCUUCGGCCUCCUGCACCGCCUGCUGCGCGACCGCACUGUCCUCGCCUGA